UCUUUCGCUCUCGUCGCCCCAUUUUCAGACUUCCUCUCCGCCGGGCGUCCCGCCCCCUUGUCGUCGUCUCUCUCUCCCUUCACUGCCCCUUUCCCGUCCAACACUGAUCGACUACUAUACACGGCUGCUUGCCUCUGCCUUUUCGUUCAUACAAUAAUAGAGGGGGAAAAGAAAGAAAAUUGCGCCUCAACCAAACCCUCCCCUUUUCCUUCCACAUUUCAAACACUCUCUGUCCUUCUCCCUCUCUCCUUCGCCAUAAUAAUUUUGUUCUUUACACUGCAAUAGUUGCCGCCUCGACACCCAAAAGGAAAGAAAUAUUCCCCCUUUUUUUUUUUCUAAUUUGGAUUCCGGACCCCAGAGUUUCCUUUUGCCCCGAAAGUUCCUGCAUUUUCUUCUUCCGCGAGGGAGGGAUCAAGUAAAGCCAUCGGAUUUUUUUUGUUUGCUUGGUGGGUUUUGCUGGCCGCGUCGAGAGAUCAAAAGGGUUUUUGGCGGUUUCCGUCGACGAGGUUUCUGGACUAGGGAGGCGGACGAUUUGAGAGUCGCUCUUCGGCCGGGUUGUUUUUGUUCUGGGAGUUGUUGGAAAUACCACGUUCGAGAUUGUUUUGACCUUUUCUUCUCGCCGCAGAGGGCUUGAUUAGGGUUCUCUUGGCCGACCAGGUGCUUUGAUUCUCCUCUUCUUCUGUCUAGCUUCUCGUUUUUGUUCCAGUUUCAAGUUUUCUUAUUACCCCAUUCGUGCUCUUGCCCGGUAUUGAUUGUUUUGUUUGUCCUGUGGUGUUUUGACCUUAUACCAAGUUCAAAAUUAUUCAAGCGCGGAUUAUUUUAAAGGUUGUCGAUUAAUGAUUUAUAUGAUGUGGUGGAGUUCGAUUUUCCCCUGUGUUUCUGUCCCUGAUUUUGGUUCUGAAGUCCUGGAUUAGUUACGAGAUUGUUUGCAUGGGAAAGAAGCAGAACAGCAAUUGGCCUAUAGGAGAGUGCGAAAUGAAGUAUCAGAGUUUGGUGCUCAAGCUUUUUGGUGUUAUUUUGGCUCUUGUACUAUCCGUAUUGAGUUUAAGCUGGUAUAGACGAGCUGGUUGAAAAUGAUGGAAGGCUUGGAAGGGUGAGCACAAAAAGAUUGGAAGAGCUGGUUACUCUUCCUAGUCUCUUGUUCCGGCUGAGUUCUAAUGUGGUGGAGUAGUUAUCAAGGUUGGGAUGUUUGUUGAACCGGUUUGGUAUUGUUUAUUGGUAGUCAGUAUGCAGAAACAGUUAGGUGAUAGCUUUUGGUCCUUGCCUGGUUUGCACAUAGGUCUACGUUGCACUGGUAAUCAUUUAUUCUUGUUGAAAAGUGGGACUGAAUCGAGAUGUCAAAUUGCUUGAUGGUGGAAGAGCACAGCUCUUCUAGUGAGGUGAUUGCCAAUGGAGACAGUUGCAAUUGGAGAUUUCUGUCGGGUCUUUUAUUUUGUUAUGUAAUUGUUUUCUUAUGGUGUGUCCUUUAAACAACCAGAAGCUUUACAAGUAUGCAGCAAUCAGGAAAAAAGUUUAUGGAGCCUGCAAGGCACAAAUACUGCCAUUGAUGACUCUGGCAACUUUGGCAUGUCAAUUUGCCUGCUUGGUUAUAGACUGAAUUUUUUACGUUCUUCUUCUGAUUGCUUUAUCUAAUGACUAAUAUCAGAUAAGACAUCAACUCCUUCAAUUCUAGUUUAUAUUGACGUGCACUGAACUGAAGUCCGAAUGUAUUGUGUUCAUGUGUUGAGAAUGGUUGGUCUUCAGAGGCAUGUUUAUUGUUUUUGUUUGCCUAAGCUUUUCCAUUAUAUGUUCCUUGAGUUUGAUUAUGCUAUCCUGCUUGUUUCGACCAGGUUGUUUUUUGUCAACAAAAUAGAUAUAACAAAAGAGGGAAAAGGAACAACAUCCAUGGUUGCAAAGGAACAGCAUGGGGUUACCACCGACUCCCCUAAAGCGGUGGUGGGUGAAAUUGACACGAGGGCGCCCUUUCAAUCUGUCAAAGAUGCUGUCACCCUAUUCGGCGAGGGUGCUUUCUCCGGAGAAAAGCCAGCCAUAAAGAAGCCAAAGCCACAUUCUGCAGAGCGAGUUUAUGCAAAGGAUACACAGCUUCAUGUAGCCCAGAAGGAGUUGAACAAGUUAAAGGAUCAGCUAAACAGUGCUGAAACAACCAAGGCUCAAGCAUUAACUGAGCUUGAAAGAGCUAGAAGAACAGUUGAUGAUCUGACCCAAAAACUCAAAACUGUCAACGAAGCAAAAGAGUUGGCACUAAGAGCCACAGAGACUGCCAAAAAUAAAGUGAAGAAAAUUGAAGAAGCAAAUAGUAGUGGCGACCAGCCAACUGAUGCUGCUAGGCUGCAGGAUUUAGAGGCUGCAAGGGAACAGUAUUUAACUGUAUUUUCAGAGCUCGAUGUUGCGAAACAAGAACUAAGGAAACUACAGCAGCAGUGUGAUGCAUCCUUGGAGGCAAAGGUUGCUGCUAUUAAACAAACUGCUGAAGCCCAACAUUCAGCCAAAGUAAACGUUGAAAAAGUUAGUGAACUCUCUAACGAGAUCUCAUCAAUGCAAGAAUCGAUUGGGCAAGUCAAGCUUGCAUCUCUUCAGUCCCAUGAAGAACAGACCAAAAUAUUUUCUGAAAAGGACCUUCAGAAGCAGUCAUACAAGGCUACCCUGGAAGAGUCUAGGAACAAGCUUAUUGCAUUGAAGAAUGGCUUUGAUCCAGAACUUGCACAGAAUCUCGAAAAGCAACUGACAGAAACAAUGAAUGAGAUAAGUACUUUGAGAGUGCAGAUGGACCGUGCAAAGGCUUCAGAUUUGGAUUCUGUUAAAAGCGUCACUUCAGAGUUAGAUGGUGCUAAGGAGUCACUGCAGAAAGUAGUGGAAGAAGAAAGCUCUUUGAGAAGUUUAGUUGAAUCGCUAAAGCUUGAGCUGGAGAAUGUGAAGAAGGAACAUCUGGAACUCAAGGAGAAAGAGGCUGAAACAGAAUCUAUUGCUGGAAACUUGCAUGUCAAGCUACGGAAAUGUAAGUUGGAGCUUGAAGCAGCCAUUGCAGAGGAGUCCAAGGCAAGAGGUGCUUCUGAAGAAAUGAUCACAAGUCUCCACCAAUUAUCAGUGGAAUCUGAGAAUGCACAUCGUGAAGCUGAAGAGAUGAAGAACAAAGCUGAGGAGUUGAAGCAGGAAGCUGAAGCAACACGGGUUGAACUAGAAGAAGCCGACAAGAAGCUGAAAAUUGCCCUGGAAGAAGCUGAAGAAGCCAAGACAGCAGAGGUAAGGGCUCUUGAUCAGAUCAAGGCACUUUCAGAGAGAACUAAUGCUGCACGUGCGUCGACAUCCGAGUCAGGUGCCAAUAUCACACUCUCGAGGGAUGAGUUCGAGGCUUUGAGACGAAAGGUGAAGGAGUCGGACGAAUUGGCUGAAAUGAAAGUGGCAGCAGCUGUGGCUCAAGUGGAGGCUGUUAAGGCUAGCGAGAAUGAAGCACUGAAAAGAGUAGAGGCAAUGCAGAAGGAGAUUGCGGAUAUGAAUGCUGCAACCCAGGAGGCAUUGAAGAAGGCUGAGAUGGCUGAAGCAGCUAAAAGGGCAGUGGAGGGUGAGCUGAGAAGGUGGCGGGAAAGGGAUCAGAAGAAGGCGGCCGAAACUGCUUCUCGUAUUCUGGCAGAAACACAGGUGGCUUCUGAAGCAGCAUCCCCUUUUCAUCACAGGAUGCCACCAAAACCGGUCAUGCAGAAGCAGAACACAUUGCCACCACAAAAGGUGAUGGAGGUCCGGAAGUUGGAAAAGGGCAAGACAUCUGUAUCGAAGAAGGUAAUGGUGUCCAAUCUCAGUGGGAUCUUCCAUAGGAAAAAGAACCAAAUUGAAGGUGGGUCUCCUUCUUACUUGCCUGGUGAGAAGCCCGUAUGAGAUUUCCAGCGCUAUGGUAGACCUUUGUUGUGACUAUGGAUUGGAUGAGACAUGUCAAUGAGUGUUUUUUGUUUGUGUGGGGGGUGUACAUUCUACAAGUGCAGACUGCAGUAGGAUUCAGGGCGGUCUUGGGGGAAGGAAGAACAGAUGAAAACAUGGGUUUUUGCUGUAUAUUUCCCUUUUGUUAGAUUUAUUAUGAUUGGAAAUCCAUGUUUUUAUGGUAUCAAGCUCUACUCUCAUAAUUUUGUUAUUCGUUUAGUAUUUUGUUCUACCACUACCACAUAGCCAUUUCCAUAAAAUAACCAAACGAAG